GCUAGCCUCUAGCGGGCGUGCCCAGCUUGGACCGACUGUCAGCCUCUGCCUGCGAAACCUGCUUCCCCGAGCGCCGCGGAGCCUGGUCCGGGCUGGCCCCUCUGCUACCCCGGGAGCGGGCCAUGCCGCCGCGGGAGCUGAGCGAGGCCGAGCCACCGCCUCUCCCGGCCUCGACACCUCCUCCGCGGCGGCGCAGCGUGCCUCCGGAGCUGGGCAUCAAAUGUGUGCUGGUGGGCGACGGCGCGGUGGGCAAAAGCAGCCUCAUCGUCAGCUACACCUGCAAUGGGUAUCCCGCGCGCUACCGGCCUACGGCACUGGACACCUUCUCUGUGCAAGUCCUGGUAGAUGGAGCCCCUGUGCGAAUUGAGCUCUGGGACACCGCAGGGCAGGAGGACUUUGACCGGCUUCGCUCCCUCUGCUACCCGGAUACCGAUGUCUUUCUGGCUUGCUUCAGUGUGGUGCAGCCCAGCUCCUUCCAAAACAUAACAGAAAAAUGGCUGCCAGAGAUCCGCACUCACAACCCCCAAGCACCUGUGUUGCUGGUGGGCACUCAGGCCGACCUGAGGGACGAUGUCAAUGUGCUAAUUCAGCUGGACCAAGGAGGCCGGGAAGGCCCAGUACCCCAACCGCAAGCCCAGGGUCUAGCCGAGAAGAUCCGGGCCUGCUGUUACCUUGAGUGCUCGGCCCUGACGCAGAAGAACUUGAAGGAGGUGUUUGACUCUGCCAUUCUCAGUGCCAUCGAGCACAAAGCCCGCCUGGAGAAGAAGCUGAAUGCAAAGGGGGUGCGCACGCUCUCCCGCUGCCGCUGGAAGAAGUUCUUCUGCUUUGUUUGAGCAGCUGUAGCAGUGCACGAGGUAGGCAGGUGGCCUGAGACUUCUGGACCUCGGACAUCGGGUACUGGCAGGGCCUGGCCAACCCCUGGGACUCAGUUCCCUAUUGAACACAGGGGAUAUGAGCCUCGAGCUGCACACUCUGGUAAGCCAGGGUGAGCCUCUGUCCUGUGCAAGGGGUGGCUCUGAUUUGCAUUUCUUUGGUCAGGACUCACAGGAAAAUCCCAGCACAUUGAUUUUCAUGGGCUAAUCCCAUCAGUGUCUGUAUCCCUGAGCAGCCUGAGUAAUUCCCAGGUUCUUAUGGGGCCACAGGUCAGCUUGGCUGAAUGCAGGCCCCUUGUAGGGGUCCUCGCUCUCUCCUAGCACAGGUGUAGCAAAGCAGGGCAAAUAGUUGGGCAUCUUGGAGGGCUGGCAGGUGGUCAGCCUUGGUGGAGAGCUUUGAGAUGGAGAAGGAAGAAGCAGCCAGUGAAAGAUUAAGAGGAGAAACAGAAAGCAAGGCUUGAGGUGGUGACUGGAGGCAGAUCAGAGGCCUGCGCCUGGAAGGAGGAAGAUGGGAAAGAGAGCAGGGGUGGCCAGCUGUAGAGAAGGCUGACACCUGGGCUGCCCUCAAGCCCCAGGGCCAGGGAGGGUAGAUCUGCUCCCUGGGAAGAACUGGGUCUCAGGGCUCCCUAGGCACUGCCCAAACUGGCUGGGCCAGCAGAGGGCAGGAAGUGAGAGUCAAGGCCCAGCAAAGGGAGGGGGAGGAGCUGCAAAUGAGAGCCUGAAGGAGGAAGGGGUAGGGACCAUCCCUUUCCCCAAGGUCAUAGCUUAGAAGGUAAGCAAGCAAUGUGCAAAUAAAACCUUCUGUUUCUGAAGCUGCUGUCUCUGUGGUUUCCUGGAGCGAUCAGCCCAAUGCCCUUUCAUAACCUCUCCCAAGGCCCGACAGUCUGGGUAGAUGGCUUGGGAACUGAGGCUUGGCUGAAGGGAGGGGACUGGAUCAGAUGGGACAGUGUGAUGGGAACUGGACUAGGGGGAACAGGUGUGGGGCUCCCUGCUUGGGGCUUGGCUUAGUUGGUUCCCAGGAGAGCUAGCGUGGGAAGCAGCCUGGAAACGGGUUUCCCCAGGUGUCAGCGCCAGAGCAGCUUUCCCAUGACCUCACCAGGUAGGUGGGGCCCCUCCCCUCCUCCUCCUUUCUAGGGUAUGAUGCUCAGCACUGGGGCUCUAGGACAAUCUCAGCCCUCUAGCCUUUCUGCUCCCAUCCUUUGGACAGUUUUUAGGACCCAGGGUCUGGCUGGGCAAUGUCACACAGCAGCUUGAAUACCUGUACCUGUACAGCUUUAAACCUCAGACACUGGCCAAAGCUUGUGGU